AUCUCAAAGUAAACGCAAAAUUGUAUGAGGGUGUUUGGAUGUGGACCCUCGUUGAGUGUUUAGCGGUGUGCAAGUGUACUGUUCAAUGUCAUUCUUUGUUUUGGUUAAAUAGUACUUGCUUGUCAGGUGUUAACAUUUUUACUUUGCGAUGUUUGAUUUUAGUGGUUUUUCGGCAGCACUUGCGCUUACGCUAAUACUCAGUGUGAAUGGGGCUUUUACGGAGGGAGACUGCGAAGUGUGUGUCAGUUUCCUGGGCAGGUUUUAUCAGUCUCUGAAGGACAAUGAUGUGAAAUUCAAUAGCGCAGACAUCGAGGGGGCCCUGGUGAAAACCUGCAAAAACUCCAAGGGAAAGGAGAACAGAUUGUGUUAUUAUAUCGGGGCGACAAGUGACGCUGCUACCAAAAUACUCAAUGAGAUCUCCAAACCGAUGAGCUACCAUGUACCUGUGGAGAAAAUAUGUGAAAAGCUCAAGAAGAAGGACGGCCAGAUCUGUGAACUCCGAUAUGACAAAGAAGUGGACUUGAGCACCGUGGACCUGAAAAAGCUGAAGGUCAAAGACUUGAAAAAGAUUCUGGAGGAGUGGGGUGAGAUGUGCAAGGGCUGCAUGGAGAAACUGGACUUCAUCCGCAAAAUCAAAGAGCUCAUGCCCAAGUUUGCCCCGAAUGCAGCCAAAGCACGGACCGAGUUCUAAGCGCAGGAGACCCCCGAGGGUGGCAUCUGCUGCAGGCUGGAUGACUGACGUUUCUCUGUCUUUUAUAAUAUUACAUUUUUCUAAGUUAUAAUGAAAUUAUCUAUUUCAAAUGGUUGAAGUGAGAGCACUUUUUUUUUUUGGGGAGGUGGUAUUUUCACAUUCAUUCUGCAGCCACUUCAGUGUAUGAAAAUGUGUGAAAUGUCUAGAAUUCAAAUGUGAGUUUUUUUUUUUAA